AUGGAGAAACGGCAAAGGUUUCUCCCCGUUUCCUUCUUCCUCUUCAGCACUCUCGUCGUGUUGUUCGCCUGUCCGGCGAUCGGAGCAGCCGACGACCACCACCCCGUAAUUCCGACCACGGCGAGGACAAAGCGGGACGCGCGUGAACAUCACCGCCACAACGGCCGCGUGAAGCUGUUCGUUUUCGGGGACUCCUACUUGGACACGGGCAACUUCGAGCCCAACAACGGCUCCUGGCUGCCGCCUUUCGGCCGCACUUUCCCCGGCGUCCCCAGCGGCCGCUUCUCCGACGGCCGCGUCCUCACCGAUUACAUUGCUGACUUCCUGGGGAUAAGGACGCCGAUUGCUUACCAACAAAUAAGAGCGGGGGACGACGGCGGCGAGCAGCUGAAAUCCGGCGUGAAUUUCGCCUACGGCGGCACCGGCGUCGUCAGCGCGAUCAGCAAGGGCCCCGUACUCGGCGACCAGAUCAGCCAGCUCGGACAGAUGAUACGACACCGUUUCUACAAUCAGACGGACCUCAACAACUCAGUCGCACUAGUUGCCGCCUCCGGCAACGAUUACAAUGCAAUAUAUGACGAUGCAUGCAUUCCCAUGCAGAACGUAACGGCUCUGACGAGGAAGUUGAUAAAGCAGCAGAAGACCGACCUCCGGCGAAUCCACGACGAGCUCGGCAUCCCGAAAAUCGCCGUCCUACUCAUGGAGCCCGCCGGCUGCUUGCCACACAGCGCCGGCCCGUCCGCCAUGCACAGCUCCAAGUGCAACGAAGCCCACAACGCCAUCGUCAGCAACCACAACCAGCUCCUGAAGCAAGCUGUCCACGACCUGAACAACAACAAGAAGAAUGGUGGCACUUUCGUAAUUUUGGAUCUCUACCAGGCCUUCUCCAAUGCGCUCGAGGAGCACAAGUAUCAUACGGGGAGCUUGAGGUACAAGAACCCGCUGAAGCCGUGCGUGACGCUGGCGCGGGGGAAAUGGCCGUGCGGUUUGGGGAAUGAUAAUGGCGGCGGAGUUAGGGUUUGUAAGCACCCGGAGCUGGCGUUCUUUUGGGAUUGUAAUCAUCCGAGUCAGAACGGGUGGAAUGAGGUUUAUUUGGCUUUACAACAUUCCCUCUACCAGCUCUAUGAUGCUUGA